AUGUCUCCCCCCAGACAACCCACUGAAGCCGUAAAUCAUGCGGAUGACCUUGCUGGCGUCUCGUCCCUCGGAUUAUCCACGAAAAACGAUGGAAUCGUUGACGAUGUGCACAAAGUACCACUGAAGGACGGGAAUAUGACGGGAUCAGACAGUAAUGGGACGGAAGCCACCUCGAUUGAUAACCAGGAAGACAUUAUGGAGGGCGGGAAGGACCUCAAAUCAGAAACACGGGAGGAUGAAAUAGAUAGCGGUGAGGCGGGCUCGCAGAAGGCGGUGGAGCUUACGCAGGUGGCAGAGGAACCAGCAAACCUUCAAGAUGCUAUGGAAUCUUCCACUGCGACUCUCAAACCAGAGGCAGCCCGGUCCAAAGUACCUGCAAGCCUGCACCUCUCUCCGGUCGAUCAGGCCUAUCUUGAUCCAACACCCAAGACGCCGCUACCGUCACAACCCCCUUCUCGGUCAUCCUCAACUGGAAACGCGACACCUCAUCAUGGCCGAAAUGCAGAUAACGCCGAGAGGUCGCCUACCAGAUCUGAUUCUGGGUUUGAUGAAAAGAUCUCUAUGAGUGAGGACGAGCGCGAGCUCUCCUCUAGGUCUGAAAUACAGAGCAUAAUGGAGCAAUUCAGUGAAGAAGGGCAGGGCCCUGGGCAGGAGGAGAUUAUGUCUCCACGAUUAGGAGUUGCUGGGCCGCUUCUUGGUAGUCCAAUACAACAUCCCCCAAGGAAGUCAAGUCUUGAACCACUGAACCCGGGCGUCGCAAGUGCGGCUCAGAGCAUUCAAGAUUUACGGAUAUCUAGUCCAUCUACAAAUUCCCAGCCCUGGGACACAUCCGAUGUUGGGCCAGCAGUGCCACCAAAGCCAGGAUCGAUUCGUAGUUUUGGACAGCCGAAAAUGGGUGACGAUCGGUCGCAGAGCAUAGAUACACCUACCUCUCCGUCUCUCUACCGGCCGCCGCCCCCAGAACCAGAGCCUGAACCAGAUCUUCCAUUCGACUUCCACCGAUUUUUGGAGCAAUUAAGGCAUAGGACUGCUGAUCCCGUUGCCAAGUUUCUACGCUCAUUCUUGCAAGAAUUUGGCAAAAAACAGUGGAUGGUCCAUGAACAGGUUAAAAUAAUAAGUGACUUUCUUGCGUUCAUCACGAAUAAGAUGGCCCAAUGUGAGGUAUGGCGGGAGGUAUCAGAUGCUGAGUUUGAUAACGCCCGUGAAGGCAUGGAAAAAUUGGUCAUGAAUAGAUUAUACACACAAACGUUCUCGCCUGCAAUACCUCCUCCCCAGCCGAUUCCGGGAGCGAAGCCUAGGAGGAGAGCGCCUGAGCGCCUAAUGGGCCCUGGGAGAAGGGGACAGCACCAAGAGGAUGUUGAGCGCGAUGAUAUUCUUGCUCAGAAAGUGUCAAUAUAUGGGUGGAUACGAGAAGAGCAUCUUGACAUACCAGCAGUUGGAGAUAGUGGGAAAAGAUUUCUCAUUCUGGCUCAGCAAGGCCUUCUUAAACACUCUAAAUCAGAUUCAUCUGCAGAUUCCUUCAUGCCCCUACUUAUCUACGUCGUGUUACAAGCGAAUCCAGAGCAUCUAGUGUCGAAUGUUCAAUACAUUCUACGAUUCAGAAAUCAGGAUAAACUCGGCGGAGAAGCGGGAUAUUAUCUCUCGUCACUGUUGGGUGCUAUCCAGUUCAUAGAGAAUCUGGACCGUACCACCUUGACCAUAUCUGAUGAAGAUUUCGAGAAAAAUGUCGAAGCCGCCGUGUCUGCCAUAGCGGAAAAGCACCAGGCAGAAAUCGCGGAAGCCCCUCCAACGCAAUUAUCGGAGAAAUCCGGCCUUAGCCAUCCAGAGGUGACACCACGCCACUCGAUGGAAGGGGAAUCUUCUACCCCUCGAAAGUCGACAUCCUCGAACGAGUAUAGCGGAGAUGACGAAAAAGCCGCUAUGGGUGGUCUCCUACGGACAAUUCAACGGCCGCUGACAUCGAUUGGACGAAUCUUCUCCGAGGAUAGUGGUUCAUCGCAAAGCGGUCCAGUGCGAACCCCUUUGCCAGGUAAUACACCUCGCACGAGUCCCAACCCUCGAGUCAGCACAGAUGGUCCCCAACCUCAACGGCAACCUCCUACACAUGCUCGUCAGAGUUCAGUUCAAGCGAAACUGACUGCCGAAGAUGCUGCCGCAAGGCAAGCAAGUGCGGAGACUGCAGAAGCCCAUCGUAUCCAGCGAGCAGAGCACGCAAAUAUAGUCGAGACACUCUCUGGGAUGUUCCCAGAUUUGGAUAAAGAGAUUAUCAGUGAUGUAGUUACCCAGAAAGACGGGAGGGUGGGCCUCGCCGUCGAUGCAUGUCUCGCGCUCGGCUCCUAG